AUGGACACUCCUAUAGGCAAAGAUCUCACAAAUACGGUUAUCGCCAAGGUUUAUAAGUUGACCAAGAGAAUAGGGAGUGGUGCUUUUGGAGAAAUAUAUCAAGUAACUAAGGGAAAGGAGGAAUACGCAAUGAAAUUGGAAAGAAGUGAUACUAAGCAUCCUCAACUAUUUUUUGAGGCUAAAUUGUACACAUAUUUACAAGGUUCCGAUCAGAGAAUCCCCAGAAUAUUUGCUUAAGGAACAGACGGUGAUUAUAAUUACAUCGUCAUUGAUUUAUUGGGUCAAAGUCUCGAAGACCUGUUCAAUAAGCACAAUAAAAGAUUAUCACUAAAGACUGUGUUGAUGCUCGCAGAUUAGAUGAUUUAACGAAUUGAAUUCAUCCAUUUGAACAAAUUCCUUCAUCGCGAUAUUAAGCCUGAUAAUUUCCUCAUUGGAUUAGGCUAGAAGGCCGUUCGAAUCUACCUUUUGGAUUUCGGACUAGCCAAACGGUACUCAACAAAAGAUGGACACAUCCCCUAUAGAGAGGGAAAGAGUCUAACUGGAACUGCCAGAUAUGCAUCUAUCAACACUCACUUAGGAAUUGAAUAAUCAAGGAGGGACGAUCUAGAAUCUCUUGGUUAUGUCCUAAUGUAUUUAUUAAGAGGAUAGUUGCCUUGGUAAAACAUGAAGGGGAUUAAUCAAAAAGAAAAAUAUCAACGAAUAAUGGAGAAAAAAGUAGAAACCUCAUCAGAUGUUUUAUGCAAAGGGUUUCCCGUUGAGUUAAGUCAAUAUUUAAAUUAUUGCAAGUAACUAAAAUUCGAAGAGAAACCAGAUUAUCAUUAUCUGAGAGGAUUGUUUAAAGAUGCCUUCAAAAAGAUUGGUUUUGAGCUCGAUUAAAGGUAUGAUUGGAUAAAGGAUGAUAAUGCAAUUAAAACUCAGCAGGAUAUUAUGAGUGCUGAAAAAAAAUAGUUGCAUCAAUAGUUGAUUAUGACAUAACCAUUGCAUCAGUAACCUCCAAUACUACCAAAAGCAGUAUUGAAUGGAUUAGAUUCUGAGAAGAAAAUGUCCAAUUUGAACAUCUAACAAUUCAAUUCUUAACAAUUGAUUGGACAAAGAAAAACCAUAUAAUAACAAUAAUUAACUAAGAUUACGUCUGUGGAUAAGAGGAGAACCAGCUUUUAAAAUAAAUAGCAUAUUCCCUCACUAGAUAUAGUUAAGCCAGGAACUUAGGUGUUGGCACCAAAGAUAGUCACUUCCAAAGAACCUCACAGAAAAUAUUGA